AUGUACGAAUCAUAUCGCCCUCAUCCUCUACUAGCGCAGGUCCCCUUGACCGUCUCGCCCUUCAUCAACCUCCCCACCACCGUCACUCUCCCUUAUACCUACAAAUCUGUCCCCUCUACCCUCCCUCCGUCAGUACUAGUCGAUCCCGCCAAUCCGGACGCAAAAGCCCGCUACGUGGUCUCUGCUAGCGGCGAGCACGCCGCAUCUCCGGACGAGAUCCUCGCCUCCUGCAAGUCCCUCGAGCAACAUCUCAACAAGACCCGCAAUGAUGCGGACAAAGCCAUCCAGGACUGGGAGGAGUCAAUCUCCCAGCGUGAAUUGGCCGAGAAGAGACGGGUUGCUCCGGGCUGGUUAGACCGAGACGAGAAGCUACUUCAGCCAAAUAAAAUGUCGACCCCCCCGUCGCAGAAUCAACCGGAGCAACAGAGCCUGUUGGACAGCGUGUCAGCCGAUUCCGCAGCCUCGGGGCUACCCUCCAUAGUUCCACGAGACGAGGGAGCGGAGUUGGAUCGGGCUUUUGGAGGGUUGGAUGUAAAAUGA